AUGUCUCCCCUCGACGACGCCGUGAAGCCUACGCCGCCCAUUGUUCCGAUUUUCAGUCCAUCCUCAACCCCAGGGCCGGCUGUCGCGUCCAAGCCUAUUGGCAAUGGGCCAGAUGCCGACUCCGAUGAUAAGAACAAAUCGGACGGUGACCGUCAACUCCUGGAGAAGGCUAUGAACCAUAUCAUCAACACCAAGACACUCACCAGGCUCUGCAAUCUAGAGGGUGUAGACGCGGUCAGGAUCAGAGAUACCCUCAUCAAAAACUAUACCGAUACAUGUCAAAGACAAGCCAAGCCCACCGCAUCACAUCCCACGAAGUUUUGCACGACAACCUUCUUGCCGCUUUAUAACAAGAGAGAAAUGCGAGUACAAGUAUGCUUAUUGAUGGACACGAGAUGA